AUGUCCGACGUUGAUUCCCUGCCAGAAUUUUCCGAGGAUGAGGAAGUCGCCGAAAUCACUGAGGGAGUUUCCGAUGAUGGCAAGAAGAAGAAAAAGGAGAAAGUGAAAAUCGAUCCUCCACUGAUGAACCGACCUACUACCCCAGACGACUUCGAGCGAUACGAGCCAUCUCCUUUCCAACUCGUCCUUGCCUGCAAAGACCUUCCAAAUGGUGAUGGUUUCCGAUCUCUUUCGGAUCCCCGAGCUAUUCUUUACAUGAAAGAUCAGCCGACUGGCAAGUGGUUCGAGGUCGGCCGAACAGAACGAAUCAAGGACAACCUCAACCCUGAAUGGGCUACUCGAAUCGAUGUAGAUUUCUUUGACCACGAAGAAGACGACUGCCGAGUUGAGGUCUACGACUGGAACAAGAAUUAUACCGAUUUGAAGAAACACACAUUCCUUGGCAUGUGGAAGGGACCCUUCUCCGCGCUCUGUAAAGGUGGCGAUUUCUUCAACAAAGAACUUCAAAUGAUGAACAAGGACGGAACCGGCUUCAACAAGAAAAAGUCGCCAUCGACGAUUCGAAUGGGAGCGCUCCCAGUUUCCGGAGUGAAAGUAAUCUUCCAAAUGCAAUUCGAAGCUGUUGGAAUCGACAAAGCAAGUCGAUCAGGAAAAACUGACGCGUACAUGGAGAUGGCGAUUUCGACCGAGAACGAGGGCGAAUAUGUUACUUUUCAUCGAACUGAAGUCAUCAAGAAGACUACCGAUCCAAAGUGGGAACGAUUCCAGCUCACUGCCAAUCAACUCUCUGCUGAGCUUGCUGAUAGGCACUUGAAAAUCACCGUAAACCACUGGUCAAAGAAGGGACCAAAGGAAAUUGGAUCCUGCACAACUUCUUUUGGCGAACUUCGAUCACGAAAAGAAGCUGGCGAGGACAUUGAAUUCGUCCUCAUCAAUGAGGAAAAAGCAAACGGCAAGAAGAAGGACAAGUACACCAAUUCAGGAGUCGUCAAACUUGUGAGCUUGAAGAAGAAGAACGCUCGCGUCAAAAAGGCUGCUUCGACUCGAGCUGCACCUCCAGUGGAGGAGGCCCCCGAAGUUGCUCCUGAAGGCCCCUGUGGAGGAGCACAGACACUUGAAAUUCCAGAACUCAUGGAUAACGCAGAAGAAGCUCCUGAAGAAACCUGCGAGCCAGAAGAAGCUGCUGAAGAAGCCGAAGUAGAAGCCGAGGACUAA